ACCCGCUGUCCUUGAACCGCGGUGGUGAGUCCCGCCUCUCAGGCUCCGUAUCUCCCGGAGGCAUCGCCUGUCUCUGGCUUGGUGUCUCUGGCUUGGUGCCUCUGGCAGAGCCGUGCAGACAACCAUCAAGACACCGGACCCCAGGUACGCCAGGAGGGACCCACGCAUCCUUGUUUAACUCGCCUGGGCGCAAGCCGUGAGUCCUAGAGGGGAUAAUGAUUAUUUGAAUUCUCGCUGAGGACUAGAGUGCAAUAAUCCAAGGAUUCGAGAGGCGAUUGCACAAGCAAAGCGCCUCUUGGCAUUGACGACAGCGCGACCAAAGUUAGAAGCCAACAUUUUGAGAAUCUCCGCCUUAGGGCAGCGCAGGAGGAUCCAGAUUAAAUCAACAAGCCCCGAAGUGUACAUGACUCCUACAGGCAAGAGAAGAACGAUUGUUUUUUAGUGAAACACAGGUUGCAAUAGCGUGAGUGAGGGUUUGUCUUGUCUUAGGGAGGCAGGAGAAAACACCCCUGGAGUAGCAGAAGAGACACGGGAAUUGCUGCGCCUCGCAGGGCACCCUCUGACUGGGGUACCCUUGCGAAGGGCAAGCCGACCCGCGCCAGCACAGGGUUGCGCGGUUCCCGCAUCCGCGCUCGACCUCAUGUGGUGCCUGGAGAAGCUCCGCUUUGGUCCGGAGCGCAGGAACGGGAUUCUUCCGGGUCGGGCGCACCAAGUCCCGGCCCUCACUACUGCCGCGUGCGCAAACGUGCUCACCCCGGAUCGCAUCCCCGAGUUCUGCAUCCCCCCACGACUCGCGUCCUGCACGGCCCUGACUGCACUUAGGGUUUCCUGGAGCGAAGCAGCAGAAAUAGAGGACAGCGCGGGGCACACGGACUGGGACCCGCGCUCGCAGGCAGCGCUCUCGCUGCCGCACCUGCCCCGCGCGCUCACGGUCUACGGCUUCUGCGCGCUGCUCGAGAGCCCGCACACCCGCCGCAAGGAGUCGCUCUUCCUCGGGGGCCCUGCCGCCGCCCGGCUGGUGGCCCGGGACGCGGCCCCGGCCUCCCGCAGCGCCGUGGUCCGGCGGAGCCGCCAGGCCGCCUUCGACCAGGACGUGUGCUUGGACGGACUGUCGGAGGAGCAGGUGCGCCGGCUGGCCGUGCGCGUCAAGGCCGAGCAGCGGGGUCGCGGUCUGGAGCGGGGCCGCCUGCUGGGCCAGGGCGAGCUGCUGCUGGGCCCCCUGCUGCCGCCCUGAGGGCUCCCGGGCCUCAGACCGUCCCCUCGGGGCGCCCUGGGCCCGCUGGGAACUCGGACAAAACGAAAGUAUAUUUAUCCUACUGACUCAGGCCUUUGAUAGGCCAAUAUUGGCACAUAUCUUGCUGGAUUAAUUAUCACAAUAAAGGAUGCGAUCUUUUGUGUAAAUGCCUCGAAAA